CCAUACAGUUGUAAAAUACGUUAUUUGAGGACAAGUUGUGUAGCUUCCUAGAACUUGAUGAUUAUUGAAAAUAUUUUGUCCCCAUUUUCCUCUCUCCUCACCUAUAAAUUCAUUGCAACAUACUUUAAAUCUAUAGAAAAUCGAUACCAAACACUUCCUUAAAAUAUUAUUUUUUAAAUUCCACGGAGAUGAUAGAAAAGGCGUUUAAUGAUGAGAGCGAGGGGGCGGGCGAAGGGGAUGAAUCGUUGGUUUUUUGCUGGUGGCGCAGUUGCGCCACCAACGAAGAGUUAAGUAACCUAAAGGUUACAAAUGUAUGUGAUGUUGGAGGGUUGACUCCGAGGCUAAAGGUAAUGAGGGAGUUGGAAAGGCUCACAUUGGUGGCAUCGGAUGGGCUUGAUGAUCUUCGACAUAGGCUCGUGGCAUACCGAGCAGGCGAUUUGUGGGUCCCGAUGGGCGGGAUCAAGAAGGAAGAGAUGGAGAUUCCUGCUAUAAUCACUAUUCUUUUGGUGGGAUUUAAUGGGGGUGGGAAGAGUUCUUUGGUUAAUCUUAUGUAUAGUGUGCUGGGAAGAGCUGGUGUUAUACCCUUUGCUCAGACUUCAGGAAGCUCAAGAAACUCAGAAUCUACAACAAUGGUUUUGGAAGAACACAAUGUUUUACGAUCAAUGAGAGCCGGUUUCUGCGUCUACGACUCGAGGGGGUUCGGCUAUAAGGAUCCUAUAGACGAGACCCUCCUCGAGUUGUCCCAAUGGGCUAAUGAAGGUGUCCAACACAAUCAAAUUUGCUAUCGAUCAGGGGAUGAAUUUCCUGUAGGACCCACCUCAACUUCUAGAAGGUUCGCUAGGAGACAAGUCAAUUGUGCAAUGUUGGUUGGUAACAUGGCUGAUUUGUAUGACAGUUUAAAGGGUGGUGAUUCCUCACCUUUGGAAGCAACCAAAGCUGUGUUUUGCUACUCGGCUUUGAAACGAGGCAAUCAGAACCCAAUUCUAGUACUGACUCAUGGAGACAAGCUAUCUGCCGAGGAACGAAUCGAUGCUCGAAUGAAAAUCUGUCAGUUCCUCGGCAUAUCCGAAACAAGUGGCGUUUACGACAUAGCUUGCCUCACCGAAUGUGGAGUCGUAGCCGAAGAAUGUGAUCCCGUCACAGCGUACGCCCUCACUGAGGCCGUAUACAGGGCGCUGCUCAUCUCUGACAUGAGCCAUCUUCCUAAGAAAAACUUCAAAGACAAAGUAAAUUACAUGGUUUCUUGGGUGUUGCUCUUGAUUGGUUCUUUCUUCGCUUUCCUUGCUCGUGUUUUCUCGGGUCCUAGUCGAAAGCAUCGCAGAUUUAAACCUGCUUAACAGGCCUAAGGGUCAUUCUCGAGUCGAAGGUCUCACUAGCUGCAACAUUCUGAUGUUGUUUGGUGCGAUUAAAACCUUAAUCAUAGUUUCUGUGAAUGAGAUAUACUGGAUACAGAUGAUGAUAUUGAGGCCUGAGAGGUGCUCAAUGUGUGCAUUUUUUAUGCAUAUUUGAUAAUGACUUUCAUUUCUAUUGUCUUUUAGUGUGGGUAUAGUAUGUCGUCAUCUAAUCCUUUCACGUUCUUAAUCAUAAUUUCUAUGAACAAGAUAUAUUAGGUACAAUGAUGAUAUUGAGGCCUGAGAGUUGCAUGUUUUGUGCAUUUUUGAUGCAUAUUAGUUUGAUGAUGAGUUUCUUUCUAUUGUUUUUUGGUGGGGGUACAGUCUGUCGUCAUCUAACCUUCUCACGUUCUUAAUCAUAGAUUCUAUGAAUUAGAUAUAGCGAGUGUUAUUUUGAUGAUAACUUUCAUUUCUAUUUUUCUUCAUUUAUUAUUUUGGAGACCUUACUAUCAUAAUUCAUAACUAUAAUGUUGAACUUACGUGCUGAGAAUAAAUUAAGUCUGAGUAUGAAUUGAUCACUUAUGGAGGCAACUUAUUUUACUGGCCGCAACCUCCUUAUAUAUAUUUUUCGAUAACUAUAUAAUCUGUCAUCAUACAAUUUCCCAGAUACUAAUCGUAGCUUCUAUGAACGAGAUAUAUAAGAUAUGAUGAUGAUGACUUAUCGAUACGAAAUGUAGGAUUGCUCAUUGUUUAGAAGUGAUUGUUAUGCUAAAUAAGGUAGAUGGUUCUACUUCAUGUACGCUGUCCCAGUGUUUAUCUUUGAUUUUCUUUUCUUGGAAUAUUUAUUGUAUAAUAAUUGUACUUAUUAUGAAUGUACAUGUACUUUUAUGUAUAUAUGACUAUAUGUAAAUUAUCUAAAUUUCUUAUAUGUCUUGGGUUGAUGUUUAGUA